AUGGCUUUACCGCCGACUAAGGAGCAAAUUGGCGGCUUAGAGGGCGGCAGCGCGGCCGCGCAGCCGGGAUUAACCUCGAAUACGGGGGCGCGGAGGAGGGGGGGGGGAGCGGCCGAGCCGCGGAGCAGCAUCCCCGGGGGCGCGGAGCCCCCCCCCUCCCCCGGGGGCGCGGAGCAUCCCCGGGGUGCGGAAUCACCGCCAUCACCCCCCCGCCACCGCGGAGCAUCCCCGGGGUGCGGAACCCUCUCCGGGGUGCGGACCCCCCCCCACCCCGGGGUACGGACCCCCACCCACCCCCGGGGGCCGCGGGCGGCGGCGCGGGGCGCUUGUGAGCCGCAUGGGGCAGCCCCCGGCGCGGAGGCGCGGCGCAAGAUGAGCCCCCUGCCCCUCGCCCUGCUGCUCUGGGACCUGCUGGACGCGGCGCUGGGCUACCUCACGGUGAGCAUCGAGCCGCUGCCGCCCGUGGUGGUGGGCGACGCCGUGACCCUCAAAUGCAACUUCAAGACGGACGGCAGGAUGCGCGAGAUCGUCUGGUACCGGGUGACGGACGGUGGCACCAUCAAGCAGAAGCUCUUCACCUUCGAUGCCAUGUUCUCCACCAACUACUCGCAUGCUGAGAGCCCCCGCAGGCGGGAAGACCUGCUCUACCAGUCGACGGUGCGGCUGCCGGAGGUGCGCAUCUCGGACAACGGCCCCUACGAAUGCCACGUGGGCAUUUACGACCGAGCCACGCGGGAGAAGGUGGUGCUGGCCUCCGGGAACGUCUUCCUCAACGUCAUGGCGCCUCCCACGUCCAUCUCGGUGGUCGCCGCCGACACGCCGGCGCCCUUCAGCCGCUACCAAGCGCAGAACUUCACGCUGGUGUGCGUGGUGGCCGGAGGCAAGCCCGCACCGCUGGUGUACUUCAAGCGCGACGGGGAGCCCAUCGAGGUGACGCCGCUGCCGGAGCCGCCGAGCGGCGGCGGUGGCGGCGGCAGCUCGCUGGAGGGCCGGGCGCCCCGUAACCUGCUGCACCGCGACCUGGACGACACCAAGGUGCCGAAGCCGCUGUGGGCGGCCGAGGCGGAGGCGCGGGGCGGGCGGCCGCCUGGCACGGCGGAGCCGCCCUGGGGGCUGGCGGCCGAGCGGGGCCCCGCCACCGAAGCCAUCCCCGAGACGGUGGUGAGCCGCGAGUUCCCACGCUGGGUGCACGUGGCCGAGCCCAUCUACUACGUCCGGCACGUGCAGGUGCCCGUCAGCGACGGCACGGUGGAGGCGCGGGCCACCCUGACGUGGACCCUGAACCCCCAGAUCGACAACGAGGCGCUCUUCAGCUGCGAGGUGAAGCACCCGGCGCUCUCCAUGCCCAUGCAGGCGGAGGUGACCCUCGUGGCUCCCAAGGGCCCGAAGAUCACCAUGACCCCGACGAGAGCCCGCGUCGGCGACACCGUGCGCAUCUUGGUGCAGGGCUUUCAGAACGAAGUCUUCCCAGAGCCGCUGUUCACCUGGACCCGGGUGGGCAGCAGGCUGCUGGACGGCAGCGCCGAGCACGCCGGCAAGGAGCUGGUGCUGGAGCGGGUGCCGGCCGAGCUCAACGGCUCCAUGUACCGCUGCACGGCGCAGAACCCGCUCGGCUCCACGGACACCCACACCAGGCUCAUCGUCUUUGAAAAUCCCAAUAUUCCCAGAGGAACUGAGGACUCCAACGGUUCGGCGCCCGGCCGCCGCGGCUUCGGGCUCGCCGCGGUGCUCGCCCUGACAGCCACCCUGGAGCUCACGUGAAGCUUCGCCCGCCUCGUCCUCCUCCUCCUCCUCUUCCUCCUCGCGGCUCCAGCCGGCUUUCACGCCUCCAGCAACUGGUUCUCUCUCUUUUUUCUUUUUUUUUUUCUAUAAUAUUUGCAGUCUCGGGCUCUUUCUGUCUGUGUCUUGGCAUCCUCAGCCAAAUUAAUUAAAAUGCGACAAAUUCGCUCCCUUCUU